GCUCGGCAGGCCAAGCCGGCUGCCUUCUUCCUCGCGGGCGACUCGACGACGGCCGUCAAUGGCGGCUGGGGCGACGGCUUCGUUGCUCUCCUGCGGAACGGAGCCAUCGGCCAGAACAAGGGCCACAGCGGCGCCACGACGGCGUCGUUCGUCGCCGGCGGCGACUGGGCAAGCGUCCUCGACCUGGUCGAGAGCAACAAGGCCGGCGGAUACGACUGCUACGUGACGAUCCAGUUCGGCCACAACGAUCAGAAAUCCACCUCGGGCAUCAGCAUCUCGCAGUUUCAGACCAACCUCGAGAACAUGGCGCGGGACGUCGAGCGGGCAGGGGGCACGCCGGUGAUCCUGACGUCGCUGACGCGGCGCACCUUCACCAACAACGGCGUGCUCGACGACAGCCUGGCCGACGUGUCCGAGGCGGCCCGGAAGGCGGCGGCCGCCGCCGCGGGCGUCGCCCUGCUCGACCUCAACGCCGCCUCGCGCGCGUACGUCCAGGCCAUCGGCCAGCAGGCCGCCGACCGCUACAACCUCGCCGACGGCGACCGCACCCACCUCAACCCCCACGGCGAGGCCGUCUUUGCCCGCAUCGUCGCCGACCUCGUCGUCGGCUGGAAGCGGGAGCUCGCCGAAUACGUCACCCCGGACCCGGAAAUGUCGGACAAGAUCGCCCGGGGAGAGUAU